AGCAUAACACCAUGGCCCUAGCCGAGAACACCACCAAGACGGAAAUGACGCUGACGGAAACCUCGACGCCCGUCAUCUCGAAGGAGGUGAUCACCGAACGUACCGCGGACGGUGUGUCGGAGAAGAACAUCACCCAGUCGAAGAGCUACGGUUCGGCCAGCGAAAAAUCCAUGGUCGAAGAGUCGGCCAACUCCAUCACGAAGAAGCACGAAAAGUCGGAAUCUGCAUUCGCCUCCGAGCGCAGCGUUACGGAGUCAGUGUCGGACGGUGGUGCACUUGCUUCCUCCCUGCUGUCGUCCUCCUCGCUGGUCAGUUCUGUUACGAGCAGUAAGGUGGUAUCGUCCUCGUUCAGCUCAUCCACCUCCUCGUCGAUCUCGUCCUCGAUCAAAUCCUCAUCGUUCGAUUCCAGUUCCGCGAUCGACGAAUUCUUCAAGAACUGAAGC